AUGGCUGCUGCCUCAUCCAUCGACCCGGCCGCGACGACGUCGACCGACUCCCCUCCUGCCUCUAAGAAGUUCAAGGCUUCCGACCUCCCCCUACCAUCCGCGACCCGAGCCGCCAUCGAAUCCCUGGCGCACAGCUUCAAAAAGAAGGGCGGAUACGACGCCAUUCGCAAGGAGGUCUGGGACAAGUUUGCAGCGAGCGAUUACGAAGCCCAAGUCACGAAAGCCAUCCUCGAGGUGGCCGAACAGGAAGUCGAACGCAACCCCGGCCAGCUCCUUACCCUCGACCGAGGCAAAGCCGCCGCCCUGAUUGACGGCGCUCUCGAGCGAUCCGGCGUGUACCAAAAGGCCGAACAGGUCAUUACGCAACUUAUCGACAGGGCGUCCAUCGAGGAACGCAUGCGACAGCUGCGCCGCGCCGAUAUUGGCGAAGACGAGGCUGCGGCAGAGCAAGAGCGGGGAGCCAAGACGGACGAAGACUACCACGCAGAGACGUUGGCAAAACAAGCUGAGCGCGAAAGAGUCCGAGAGGAACUGAGACAAAAGGAGGCUGCCAUCGAAGAGGAGAAACGCAAGAUUGCACGGGAAGAGCGCAAAAAGGUCGAAAAGGAACGCGAAAAGGCCGAGGAGAAACGCAAAGCCGAACGAGACGCCAGGCGGGCUGCCCGAGAGAAGCUUCAAGCAGAACGCGAGGCCGAAAGAGAAGAGCGCCGCCGCCAACGAGACAAGGAGCGGAGUCGGGAAAGAGAGCGCGACCGUGACCGAAGCCGGAGCCGUAGCCGCAGCCGCCGCAGGGAUAGAGAUCGCGACAGAGACCGUGAUCGGGACCGCGACGAGCGCGACCGCGACCGUCGGGAAGAGCGAGAUCGCAAGCGCAAGGAGCGGCACGAAGAGACCGAAGAAGCCAAGCAGAAGCUUUCCCAGGAGCAGCUCGAGAGACUCGAACAGGAAGCCCUUGCGGACCUCCUUCGAGAGAGCAAGCGCAGCACGGCAAAGCAACCCGAACUGGAGAUUGACGAAGCGCUGGCACCACCUCCUAGGAAACUGGCUCCCGCGUCUGCCAUCAUGCCCUUUAAGAAGGUUGCCUCCUCGCGAGACUCGCAGAAGGCCGCAGAGCCGAAGAAGGCGGUAGAGGUGAAGAAGGAAGCACGGGAUGCCAGCGUCGCCGCGACGCCAAAAGCUGAUGCACCGGUUGUCAAGGCUAGAAGCCGCAGCCGGUCACAGGUGACUGGCAAGGACCGCGAGAAGGACAAGGAUGGCGAUGAUGAUAGACGGCGUACACGAGACGACGACGAUCGUCGCAGACGUGAUCGUCGGUCCAGAUCUCCUCGACCGCGUGAUCGAUCCCGCGACAGACGUGACAGGUCACGGUCAAGAACCCGACGCGACCGCAGCAGGUCUCGUCGACCCGAAAGGCGGGAGAGGACCCCCUCGCGCACUCGAUCCAAGACGCGCCGUGACCGAAGCAGAUCUCGCACACGUCACGACCGCCGUGACAGGAGUCGCUCUCGGUCUCGCGAUCGGAGAGACCGUGUUCGCUCCGACAGGCGAGAUCGCAGUCGCUCACGCCGCCGCGAGAGGAGCCGUUCACGGGCUCGCAACGAUCGCAGAGACCGCAGCCGUUCUCACGUGAGGGCCGACCGCCGAGACAAGUCGCGUUCCCGCUCCCGGACCCGCCGAAGCAGGUCUCCACGGCCUGACCGGCGCGAGUCGAUCCGCCGUGACCGCAGCCGCUCUCGCCCUCGCCGAGAUCGCUCUUCUGACCGAAAGCCCUCUGAGCGCGAUCGCAAGAGCCGGUCUCGCUCGAGACACCUUUCUCCUGUGGUGCGAUCGACUCCCAGGCUGGAACGCGACAAGGACGAAAAGGAGGCCACCAAGAUGGUGGAGGUCCGCAAGCGCGAAAAGGAAGCCAAGGCGUAUCUUGCCGCGCAGCGCGAGGCUCGGGAGAAGGGCAUGCCGGUCCCCGGGAUUGACGAUAAGAGAAGCACAGGGGAUCGCUCGCCCGAGGCGAAACGCAGGCGCGACCUGGAUGAAAUUGAUCGGUACGUGCCCCCCGGCAGAGACCGAGAGCGGCCUCACGACCUGGCCCGGGAUGACGAGCGGCGUCGGAGUCGCUCGCGCAGCAAAGAUCGCGAGCGGGACAAGGACAGAGACCGCACCAGAGACAGGGAUCGCGAUCGUGAUAGGGACAGAGAUCGAGACCGGAGAGACAGAGACCGCGAUAGAGACCGCUCUCGCGAUCGCUCUAGAGAUCGACGAGACCGGGAGAGGGCCAGGUCGAGAGAUCGUGAUCGGGAUAGGGAUCGUGAUCGUGACCGUGACCGCCGCAGCCGGAGAGACCGCAGCGUCUCGUCGCGGAGGGAUAGACGCGAUCGAGACCGGAGCCGGAGCCGUCGAAGGAGCAGGAGUCGCUAG